AUGCAAAUCCCAAGAGUCUUGAUCAUGAUGGUUCCUCAUGCUUCUACCAUGUCCAUGUUUCUCAUAACUACCCUCGCUAUUGUCUUCAUCUCGACCGUAAUCGCAAAACCCUCUUUCUCUACUUCCAAAUCUUCAUUUCAUUAUGUAGAUUCUUCAUAUACAGAGAAAUCUAAGGGCUUUUUACCAAAGCUGUAUGGAGAUUACGGGUUUUGGAACCCUAGCCCGAUUUACGGAGGAGGUUUCCCUUAUCCUGGGCCCGUUCCUCAUGGUAGGCUAAGUCCGCAAGAGAGACAUAAGAAGCCAAACUAA